CAUUGGGAUUCCAUUUGGCUCUACAGACGAAAGAAAAAGUAUUGUGUCAUUUUCAAGUAUUAUCGGUGCAGAUAAUAUCCAAGUUGCAUAUAGAAAAAGUGUAUACACUGGUGAAUGGCUGUUAUUAUUAAACUGUUAUUCGUGGGAAGUAUAUAUAUGGGGUCUGGUCGGAUUUGUAUGGGUUAUAAUGUUGUAUACAAGUCUGGAACUGGCAUAUUGGAAAAGACAGAGCACGACAUUCACACCUGGGAAAAUGGAUGUGAUACAGACUCCAGUCGCUGUUGCCCUAAACCAAGGAUCACCUCAUCUACCUACAGCUUCAUCAGGACGUGUACUGCUGGGUUCUUGGCGUAUUGUAUGCAUGAUUAUAAUUGCUGUCUACACUGGGAAUCAAACUGCAUUUAAUGCUGUGAAGAAGAAUUAUGUUCCAUUUUCAAACCUCGAAGAGCUGGCCGAAAAUAAUGAAUUUAAUAUUGUGAUGACAAAGUCGAUUUAUCUAGAAGAGAUGCUUCAGACGUCUAACGAUUCUGUUCUUGAGAAGAUUUGGACAAAGAUUAAAGACAGUAGAAGACCAGUUCAUCAAGGGGCGCUGGAGGAACUUCACUGGCACACAGCCCUCCUACUCUCGGGACAGCAUGCAUUCAUUGAGUACGAGACUAUAUUUGAUGCCAUAUCUGCAAACAACUCCAAUGUGGAGCGAAUGAAACACAGCAUUGUCUCAGUCAUGCUACGGUAUCCCUUUCCACUUCAGUCGCCGCUUGCUGAGCUAUUUUCUAACAAACUAACAGCCCUGUAUGAAAACGGAGUAAUCCAGAAUAUGCUGAAAACAUUUAAACCCAAAGCGAAACUUGAAACCAAUGACGAAGGUGGAAACACGCAAUUCGUUUUGACAGAUCUGAAAGCCGCCGUUGUUGUUUGUGCAGUUAGCGUUGGCAUCAGUUGUAUAAUACUUGCAGUCGAGUGCUUUUUGAAAAAAAUACAAUUCUAAGAUAGUCAUCAUGUAUGAUGUGUGCGCGAAAAUUUGAAAGGUUUCAUGCUAUAUGAAUGUUCGAGGACAGACCCAGUUGCACUACUAUUAUGCGUGUGAUAAGGGUAACUACUUCAAGCAAUGAUAUAUUUCAUAAUCAUAGAGAGAUGCGUGCAUCAUAUAUGCAUGGUCUAUUUCAGAACGUUAACAUUAGCCUCUUGUAAUCGCACUGGCUAAUGUGUUAACUGCUUAUGGAUUUAAGUGGUUGAAUUUGAACGGGUGUUUGUUGACAGUAUGUUCCAUUUUCACAAUAGUUCGCAUGUAUAUCCUUCUUCCUAAUUAUGAUAGUAAUGCAGUGCGUUAAUACAUGUGUGUCCAUUCUUCGCAACAAAAGUGUUCUUUAAGUGUGAAUCAUCUGCCUUAUUUAUGAGAAUCAUACCUCGAUGACACUUCAUAUAACAACCAACCCUUCAAUGCCGUUAGGUACCUCUAUGUUGUUUAGUUUGACUUACAUCUUGUGGCUGAAAUGAAAAGAUUUUACAGAUUAAUUCUCGUAUUAAUUAUCGUAAUAAAAUAUAACAAAAAGGAGCCGAGACUCCCUUCAUUUCUGCCAUGAUCUAGACUUGCCAACGGUAAUAAAUCUCCUUCGGAUAUGUUUGUUUCAGGGUCAGUAUGACAGAAUAAUUGUUUAGUGUACAAUCACGAUUAGUUGUUAAUGCACACGGACAUGGUGUACUUAUUGAGUAUUUUAACAGUUUUAUUUCUUGGUAAUUAUUUUUCUUUUCAUUUUUUAAUCUAUGAAAAUGAAAAUCCAAAGACAUUAUUUGUUGUACAUGUAGUUAAGGUUUCGGCUUUGGUUUCGUUUGUUGUUUUACACCGCACUCAGCAAUAUUCCAGUUAUAUGACGGUGGUCUGAAAAUAAUCGAGUCUGGACCAGACAAUCGAGUGAUUGACAUCAUUAGCAUCGAUCCACGCAAUUGGGAUCGAUGACAUGCUUCAACCAAUUUGUAGUUAAGGGAGAUAUAAUAUAAUGGACGCAUGUAAUAAUGUUAAUAUAUACUCUUCAAAAAAAGAAACUUGACACUGACUUUCAAAAUGUAAUAUAAUGCGAUUGUUUCAAAAUAGGACA